AAUAGAACAAAUCCAUCUGAAUUUUCAGACUCUUCCUGAACUAUAUAGUUUUGGCAACAUUGAGACACAAUAUAUAUGGUACAGCAAAGCGAAUCAACUAGGAGGAUCAUGGAAGAAGAAAGAGAUUGUUGUUCAACAAUAAUAAGAAACAUAGAAAGCAACAACAAACCUCAAGAGAAACACAACAAACAACAACUAGAGAAACCAUACAGAGGAAUAAGGAAGAGAAAGUGGGGUAAGUGGGUAGCAGAAAUAAGAGAACCAAAUAAAAGAUCAAGAAUAUGGUUAGGUUCUUACAUCACUCCGGUAGCUGCUGCUCGUGCCUACGACACCGCCGUAUUCUAUUUAAGAGGUCCUACGGCUCGUCUUAAUUUCCCCGAAUUAUUGCUCGAAGACGACGAAGAAAACAAGGACGGUUCUAUUCAGCAAGGUAACAUGUCUGCUGAUUUAAUACGCAAAAAAGCUACCAAAGUCGGUGCUAGAGUUGAUGCUCUUCAAGCGGCUCUUCAAGCUUCUUCUCGUUCUGAUUCCGAUCAAUUCAACGCUGAUGUGAAACCUGAUUUGAACAAGUUUCCAGAACCUGAAGAUUAUUAAUGCUUUUUCACUUAGAGGUUUAAUAUUAUUGAUAUGAUACUUAGUUUCUCUCUGUAAUCUUUAAUAUCCAUCAUCUAUUAAUCAACCCAAUAUUUUGUUAUGAUGAUGGAAAUUGCAACUUUUCUUACUCUUUUUUCGUCCUGUUUGUUAGAAUUGUUAACAGAGGAUACAUGAAAAAAUAGAUAAUACUGUAGACCCUUGUCAAUUGUCAUAAAUAAUGUAACCUACUUUUAAUUAAGAUGAAAAAUUACUCUUUAUUUAAA